AUGGUUCCUCCUACAUUCCAUUUACUAGAAACAUUGACAAAUGAUACGAUAUCAAUAGAUUCUAAAUUCGCAAUUUUGUUAAAAUUUAAAGCUCAUGUCAAGAAAGAAUUUGUUAAUCAAAAUGAAAUAGAAGAUUACUUUAAAGCACUAUUAUUCUCAUUAAAUCAAUAUGCAAAACCUAGUGACAAUUCAAAUAAACAAUUAUCCAACAUAACUCAUUCAUGCCUAUGCUAUUUAAUUAAAAGGGUGGCCAUGCAAUUACCCUCAGUUUUCAAUCAAGAAAAAGUCUCUUCGAUAACGUCACAUCUAUUAAACAUUGAUCCUACCGACAAGAAAAUUUGGUCUGCGUCAUUAGGUGCACUAGAGGCACUUUAUUUGGUUUCGUCCUAUUACAUAGAAUCAUCAUUAAAAAAACAUUUAACUUUACAAUUGAAAUUUAUAAAUGAAAAUAUUAAUAUGGAAUUUAAAACUUCUCAAAUCACUUUAUUAAUUAUAGAUGAAUUAGCAAGAUUUAAUCAGAAAAAUAAUAGAGACCCAUUAAUUUUUCUAAAUUCAUUCCGUUCCAUAUUCGUUAAUUUUUUAAAUAAUAUCAACAAAUAUGUGGCUAAUAGCAUUAAAAAAAUAUUUGCCAUUAUCUUGAUCCAUGAUAUUUUAAAUAAAUAUUACGAUAAUGAUCAAAAAUUAGAAUUUUUAAAAGACCUUACAAAUGAUUUCUCCAAAAAUUUAUUAUUCCCUGAUUCCAUAGAAGAAACAAAAGAAGAGACAAAAGAAGAAAAUCCACUCAAUCAUCAUCAACAAAUAGUAUCACAAAGUCAAACUCAAAUAACAGAGGAAGAAGAAGAUAUCUUUGAUAUAGAUGCAGAACUUGAUAGAAUAUUUAAAGAUUUAAAACAUAUUUUAAAUAAUAAUACAACCAAUAAUAACCAUUUUAAUCCAUCAAACCUUUCUCAUGAUAUAAAACCAAGAGACUAUUUGUCAAUCGUCCAUUUACAAACAGAUUUUGCCAAUCUAUUACUCCCCUUCCAUCAAAGAAAAGAAACUGAGCAGAAUUGGAAGUUAAGGAAUGCCAAUAUUGUUAAAUUUAGAGAAAUUAUGAUUGGAACAAUUCCAAGAAAUAAUCCAAUGGAAUUCUUAUCUAUUUGUAAAGAAUUACAAUUUUUUGAAUUAAUAUCAAAAGGUGCUUUAUCAUUGAGAACAACUUUAUCGAUAAACACUUUGCAAUUAAUUAAAGAUAUUUUACAUAUUUUUGCCAAUCAUUUAGAUUCACAGAUUGUGGAAACUUUAUUCAAUACUUUGAAAUCGGUAUUAACUUCAACGAAAAAAAUGUCUUCACAAAAUUCUUUCCAUGCAUUAAUAAUUUUAGUAGCUAAUUAUAAUUUUAAUUCGAAACUUUUCCAAUUAUCACAUUCUUUAAUCUCAGAAAAAACAGUAUUACCAAGAACUUGUUCAUCAAUUUUAUUACGAAUUUUUUUAAUUAAAUUUGGAUCUAAAAACUUCCAAGAUUCAAAAUUAGAUAAUUUAAAUAAUUCAAUAGAAGAUUGGUUGAAAAAGGGGAUCACUGAUCCUCAAACGUCAGUAAGAGAACAAAUGAGAAUCACUUUUUGGUUUUAUUUCAAAUGUUGUCCUGAUAUUGCAAAAUCUUUAUUAAUAUCCAAUUUGGCUUCUAACUUAAGGAAAGCCAUCGAAUCUAAUAUACCGUCCUAUUUAAAUAUCAAUUAUAGACCUAUAUCUUCAUAUUCUUCCACAACAUCAUCACGUAGAAUAAGUAUCGGUGAACGAAAAUUUCCUAAUUAUGCUCAACCUACUCAAUCUUCGUCUAUCUCAAAUAAAACACCAUCAACUAUGAGAUCUUCAAGUGAUUCAAUAAUUCGUGAUAGAAUGAAACCGACUCUUUCAUCAAAUUUUAAUUAUAAUAAUAACAUCAAUAAUAAUGUUAUAAAUCAUACCACCACUACCUCUUCAUCAACGACAGCCACCACAGAAUCUAAUUCCAAACCAUACAACUUAAGAAAAGUAAGUGCACCUUCAAUGUUAAAUAAAAGACCAUUCCAACUAGAUAACAACCAUAACAAGACGAAGAUAGAUAAUAAUAAUAAUAAUAAUAAUAAUAAUAAUAAUAAUAAUAAUAAUAAUAAUAAUAAUAAUAACAAUAAUAAUAAUAAUAAUAAUAAUAAUGCCAAAAAAGCCAAGACAUCUAAUUUCGAUAAUUUUGAUGAUAAACAUGAAAUUGAUUCAGCACCAAAAUUAAUUGAUUUAACUAGUGAAAUGUCAAACUCAUUAUCUGAUACCUUAAUUCAAAAAUUUGUGGAAAAUAAUAAUAAAUCAAUAAUUACUGAUGGCCAUUCUACUCCUGAUCCUGAUUUACCACCACUACCCAUUUCAGAUAAAGAUCAAUCUACUCUAAAUAAUAAUACUCAACUUUCAAAUAUGAAUAAUCAAAACCAAAACUUUAAUAUAUCCCCUAAAGAAGAAGUUGAUCCCAUGGUGGCCAUGAAUAAUGUUGAAAAAAUGUACUAUCAUUUAAAGGAUUUCAACUCAUUACACAAUAUAAAGUUAGGACUAGAAUUAUUAAAGGAAAACCUUACUGCAAAGGUCGAUAUUGAUUUCCCAAGAUUCCUGGAUAUCUAUAAUACAUUAGUAAUAAUUUUUCCACAAGAAUUAUCGCCAUUACUAGAAAUUAAAGAGUUUAUUGAAUCUAUUCCAGUAAUCAGCACUAUUGAAUUAUCUGCUGUAAACUCAAUAGAUGCUUUAAAGUUAUUGUCUAUGUUUAACGAUAAUGAACUUUUAGGAUCCAUUGCAGGAACUUUAGCACAUAUUUCAAAAACAAUGAAUGAAGAAACAAAACCAAAAUCAGUUCUCUUUUACAUGAAACAUCGUCAACAGAUAUUUAAUUAUUGUUUCAAGUUGAUUAUUUUAAUUUUCAAAGAACAAAAUAUACAUAUUGAAAAGAAAAUUUUAGAAAAUUUAAUAACUGAAAUGGCAAAUAUAUCUACUGGAAAUUUUGACCAAAACCUUUAUUUGCAAACAUUUUAUUCAGUGUAUUUAAAUAAUAAAAGUAAUUUUCUGGAGAUUAGUAGGGCAAUGAGACCACAUUCAACAAAAUUAUUAGUAUACCAAUAUUUUGAAAAUCAUGAUGAAAAUUUUGAUAGAUCAACAAUUUUGAGACAAGAGAAUGCAAUUUUGAAAACAAAUUUACCUUUAUCUAAUCAACCAAAUAAUAUUGAUCCAAAAUCUAUGGAUGCAGAUGAUAGUAUGCUGGAUGAUGAUAUAGAAGACAAAUAUAUGCAGAUGACAAUGGUUAAUCCAUUCAAUACAAAAAGGAAUACAAGUGGAAGUAGUGUAAUAAAACAUGACCCAUCAAACUUAUUUAAUUCAUCUGAUUCAGAAGAAAGUAUACCAUAUGGCCAAGAAACUAUGAAGCUAUCUGAAAUGACUAAAGUCAUUAGUGUUCAUCAAGCACCACACUUUUCAAAAAUUAUUCCUUCUUCAAAUGAACCUCAAUUAGAAAAUUUAGAAUCGAGGGAAAAGAAAAGUUUAAAUAAUGAAAAGUCAGAAGGGGACCAUACUGUUAAGUUUAGUACAAAUCCGCCUUACAUUAUUAAUAAUGAAACAUCCGAUUUUUCAAAUCGUACUAAUGAAACUAAUUUAUCUAAGUCAGCUACCACUACUGAGAGUAUAAUAAACAGAAAAAGCCCAUCAAUAGAUAAUGUGACAUCAGAUUCUCAUAUGCAAAGAAUUAAUACCAAUAACAAAAAUACCUUAACGUUUGAACCUAUGUCUUUUAAAAGUUUAUCUUCGUCAUUAGAUGUACAUCCAACCUCAUUAUUAUACUUUAUUUUUACAGAAUUCAGACAAGACACUCGUAAGGAUUUUGAUUACUGGUUUUCUAAACUUCAUUUAUCUAUGGAAAGAGUUCGCAGCAAAUCCUUUACAACAAAACAUGUCAACAAUUUAAUUAUUCCCAUUAUCUUGUUUAGUGAUGAUGAAAAUUUUAUGAGAUGGUUAAUGCUUGAAGGAGGUUACUCUCAAUUAAUUGAUAUUGCUACCACUCUUCUAAAAUCUGCUGAUGGAUCAGAAUCUCUCCCAAUUACUAUUGCUAGCAAAGCAUUAGUGAUUAUCUCAUGUCUUCUUAUUUUGAGUUCACAAUUUGAUAACCGAAUCGAAUCUUUUCAAUCAUCUUUCAACGAAAUUUGGAAAUUUAUGAUUAUUAUGAUUGACAAAAUUGUUGAUUCUAAAAGUGAGAUAUACAUUUUAUUAGAGGAACUCCGAGAUAUUUUAGUAAAAAUUCAAUAUUUUCAAGAAAAGGAAUUAAUAGGAUUACUAGAUUAUCUCAUGAAUACAAAUGAAACAGAUGAACAAGGAGCAAAAAUGUUUAUCUUUGAAACUCUUUAUAAUAUUUUGAACUCUCCAUAUUUUAUUGAACAAUGUACCGAGUCUCAAAUAACGAAGAUUUUUAAGCUUAUUUCUAGCUUCUUGGAUUCUUCUAAAACUGAAGUACGUUUUAUUUCUACCAAAAUAUUAAUACAAUGCAUUCAGUGUUUAAGAGGUAUAGAUGACAAAUUUUACGAACUAGAUGAGCUUUUGAGGCCGUUAAACGUGACAAGCAGGAAAGUAUUAGAAUCUUUACUUGUCCUUGAAUAA